ACCCCCCCAAUUGUUAGCCAGAGUUAGAAUUUGUGUAGAGAUGGCUCGAGGAGUGGCGGUGAAGUCGAGUGCGAAGAAGAAGGGAGUGGCUUUCGUGAUUGACUGCUCCAAGCCAGUGGAUGACAAGAUCAUGGAGAUCGCCACCCUCGAGAAGUUUCUUCAGGAACGAAUCAAGGUCGGAGGCAAACCCGGAGCUCUCGGCGACGCCGUUUCCAUCACAACCUCCAAGGGAAAGAUCACCGUCACCGCCGAUUCCAACUUCUCCAAACGGUACUUGAAGUAUCUGACGAAGAAGUAUUUGAAGAAGUACAAUGUCCGUGAUUGGCUCCGCGUGAUUGCGUCGAACAAAGACAGAAACUUGUAUGAGCUAAGGUACUUCAACAUCGAAGACGAUGCAGCUGGUGAGGAGGAAGAUUAAGAUACACUCUCUUCAUUUUUUUUUUCAUACAUUUGUUAGAGAUUUUGUGGUGUUAUUUUGAAUUUAUGGGUGACUUAAGUUUCAUUUUACACCUCUGAUACAAAAGAACAUUUGAUAACCACUCGUUUGGAACCGGAUAUUUUUCUUAGCACGGGUUGGUCCGACGAAAGUUUUGAUUUGACAUCUCUAAAAUAUCCUGAAAUAUUAAUAAAUAAUUAUCUUAACAAACAUA